CGGGAAUAAAAAUAAUCAGCUACGCAGGGACCAACCAAAGGGAGGGAAAGGAAGGAAGGAGGGAAGGAGGGAAGGAGGGAAGGAGCUAGCCAGGAUCAAGAUGAAUCGAAUGAACCGAACGAAUGAAAAAAAGGAAAUGAAAUGAGCAGAGCGGGAUCCAGGAAGGAAAGUGGCGGACCUCUCCUCACCGCCAUCUGCAGCUGAGUGCAGUUUGGGUGGAAGUACGGAGGUACGGAAGUACAUACGAGCACAGGAAUAUGCAUUGGCCCUGCAAGCUACAGGUUACUCGCAUGUUUACGAGUCUACAUGUCUCUGUGUCUAUACUCUACAUCGAUGGACUAUUGGCAUUUGGCAUUCGAGCCGGCCACACAUGGUACACACCCUUCUCUCCCUUCCUCUUCUUGCUUCCUGCAUCUUUGCUUUUGUGCUUCCACAGAUGCAGCUGCAUGCUGGUCAGGGUUGCAGGUUUAAGGCUCCUACUGUAUGGCUGCAGGCGCUGUAACCUCGGCCCUGCCACUGGAAAAGGACCCUGCCUUACAGCAGAGGAGUGCAUUCGUUGCUUUAUUUUAUCCUGCUGGUCAAGGUCAUCGUCGGUAGAAUGACGAUACCAUCCAAUGGCUGGCUAACUGACUGCAUAUGACCUGUUCGCUGCCCUCCUAUUUCCCAGAUUCAUUCAUUCCAUUCGGUAGCGUGGGGGUGCGGGUCGGCAGUGAUUCAUUCCAUCGCUCGACCCACUUCUUUCCUAAUCAAAACAACAGCGAGUCGAGUGAGUGCAGGUGCAAAGGCAGGGGCAGGGCAACAACAAUAAACAGCCUUUUUCAGACCAUGGCCAUAC